UUCCCGCACCCAAGACGAGUUCUGUUCUCGACUUGGAGUGCUGGAGCCUCGAUGGCUCUAUACUCAAUUGACAACGCAAUCAAGCGACAAGGCCAUGUUUCCGUGAAACGAGCUGGGUUCUUGGCUUCAUGGAGGUCUUUCUCCAAACGCUGGCUCGUUCUUCGCCCAGCCAGUCUGACGAUCUACCGGAACGCUAUGGCAGUCGACUGUGUCACGCGUAUUAGUCUCAAUGGCAUAACGCGAAUGGAAAGAACACACAUCCCCAGGAAAGGGCACUGUCUAUUAAUUCAAGUCGGCGGGACGCGCUACAUUCUCUCCUUCAAUUCUGACAACGACCUUUACGCUUGGCACGACUCUAUCUAUGCUGUUAGCCCACUAACGCUAUUCAAAGCGCAAGAGAACGCUGCUGAGGUCGAUUUGGAUGAUAUCAUAAGUGGUUACAGCCUGAGCAACUCGACACCUUCCUGGUUUUCACCCACUACUCCAUCCGAGUCGCUAGACAAACCAUUAUUCCGGCCUUCGACGCACUCACCUGCUUCCUCGCGCCUUCUCCUUGUGGAUGAAGAAGCUUCCAAGUCGACUGUAUCGUUCCAUACUCGUUCUUUUCCUUACUCCCACUCCCCCUCUCAUUCCACUUCCACGACCCAUACGCGGUCAAUUUCCCACUCAGCUCCAAUACCGCCACUUCCAAUCCGGUCAACGGAGCGACAACAAUUACGAGACGCAGUUGACUUAAUCUGUGGUAUUAUGGAGCCGCGUCUAUUGCGGAAGAGUGAUCCUGGUGGCGAGAAACCGGUAGACCUAGUGGAGAUGCGGCUGCGCCCACUGACAAGAAUGCGCAGACGCUGGAGGCAACAAUCAUCCAAUAUCAAUACCUCGAAUGCAACCACCGACGCGGCAGCGGCAGCAACCGAGGGUGAAGAGGAGCUGCGAAUAUUUGCAGAGGCCAUGAGGGAUGGCUAUGUGCUUUGCCAACUACUCAACACCCUCAACGGUAACACAAUCGUUCGACCAGACGACCGGGCACCAUCUGGAAGUAACAUCAACAUAACCAAGUUUCUUGCAUCCGUUGCCAAGCUUGAACUACCGCAGCCACCUUUAUUCCUCCCAUUGGACCUCGAAGAGGCGACUGGAUAUUCUCUUGCGCGUGUUGCCAACACCAUCAUAGCUCUCGUUAAAGUCCACAGUCCUGAAGAAAUCAGAGCCAAGUCACCAUCACCUCCAAUCGGCUCUUCACGGCUAAUGCGCUCAGUAACUCCUCCUUUGACCACGACAGAACAGGCCCAUGCUGAGUUGACAGUUUGGCAAAAGACCUUCGAAAACGGGACACGAGCGCAGAUGUUUCUAGUGGCAGGGAAAGAUACCGACGAUAAAGACCAAGAGGCUCCAGAAUUUCCUGACAGCAAGGUAUAUCAACACCUGAUUGCUUUCGUGGCACAAGCAAAACCCGCCGAGGAUACUCGAUUUCAAGCCGCUUUGACUUCGCUCGUUCAAUUUCUGGCAUCCCUCGAUCUUGUCUGGAGUCUCGUUCAAAGCACACUAGUUCGAAUCGAGUUGCUCAAGAUCUGUUCCAUGUUCAAUCUUUCGAGCAGUAGACAUUUACGCAUCGCGCUGCAGAAGGAUGAGCUUGCCAUGGGAAAACUUCUGCAGCGCGCCAUUAGCAAUGAACAAACCAAGAAGAAACUAUUGCAUCUGAGGGGUGAAAGUGCCCAAUGUUGCGUAGAUUUGAUUCAAGAUAUACUCGACAAAGGCACAUUACCGCAACCUCUAACCUCUCCUGCCUCUAUUAAUUCUGACAACUUGACACUCAAGGCACGAAGAUUGCUUGUCAAACUCUCAGAGGCUUCCGAUACAUUGCCUGCUUCACUCUUUAUUCAGGGUGUUCUGCGCGUAGACAAGGAGGCGACUUUUGGUGGGACAUUUGGUGACAUCUAUCGUGCAUCAUAUGAGGAACAAGAUGUUGCUCUCAAGAGGAUCCGGGUUUUUCAACGGGACUCAGGCAGACAUCGAAUACGGCAGCGGUUUUGUCGAGAAGCUCUACUUUGGCAACGCCUUCAACACCCUUUCGUGCAACCAUUUUUUGGAAUAGAUGCUGAAAGCUUUCCAACAUUCCUAUGUAUGGUCAGCCCAUGGCAACGCAAUGGAACCAUCCUCAAACAUCUGGCUGAGAAUGGGAAUGCUAAUGUCGAGCAUAGGGUAUUAGAGAUCGCCCAAGGACUUGCCUAUCUUCAUUCUCAAGAUAUCAUUCACGGGGACCUGCGCGGCUCGAAUAUUCUAGUGGACGACGGCUGGCAUGCCCGCUUGGCCGACUUCGGAUUGGCUGUGUUUUCCGAUGCCACUAUUGCUACUCAAACAUCCCAUCGUGGAGGAUCAGUGCGUUGGAUGGCCCCUGAGUUACAUUUACCACAAUCUUGUGGUCUUGAGGAUUUUCGUCGAACGUUCGCCAGUGAUGUUUACAGCUUCGCCUUCGUCUCUAUCGAGUUGAUACAAGGCAAACCUCCGUUCGCAGACAUCAUACACGACGCGGCAGUUAUGCUGCGCGUCAUGGCAAAAGAACGACCAGCCCGCCCUCGUGAUCCAGAAUCUGGGCGAUCGUUGAUCAGCGACUCUCUCUGGGCAGUUGUGCAGCAAUGUUGGGCGCACAAUAUUGCCGAACGUCCCACGAUGGCAAGGGUUGUUGAAAUGAUCAAGGAAGGAAACGAAGAACUGAGACGCGCGGCACCGGCCUUCCUUGACCAAAUUCCGAGCAGUAAACCGCCCUAUCAAGUUCACCGAGCAUCAACCACACGAAAGCGAUUCCCUGUCGCUGCAGCUUCAAAUAUCUACCAAAGCCUAUCUUUCUGA